CACACACCACAGAAGGGGUGUGGUUCACUGGUUAAAAGUCAGGCUCUGUGCAAUCUUGGUGCAGUUUUGAAGUUGAAGCGCACACAGAACUCCUCGCAAGUAUUCUAUUCUCCAGAAAAAGAUAUUUAGAAAAAUAUCCAAACGUUUUUGCACAAGUUAUUUGAGAGUCGAUUGCUGGGUGUUUUUCUCACUAUGGGUUCGAGUCAAGCCUUCUGGAUUUGCCUUGUUUGGUUCCUGCCCCAGCUCUAUCAAGCCAUGUCUGACAACCAGUGUGACAGUCUGACUCAGUUCCCAAAGCUCAACAAGUGCUGCUCCAAAUGCCCACCCGGACAAUACACUGAAAUCGAGUGCACUGCCAAAACGGAUUCCAAAUGCAGGCCUUGUGCCCAUGGCUACUACCAAUCAACAUGGAGCCAGAACGAAUGCCGGCGACACACGGUUUGCAAUGAAAAUGGAGGAUUCAUCACCAAGGUGCCUGGCACCAGCAUCAAUAACACAGUGUGCCAGUGCAAGCUGGGGAAGCAUUGCCCGAACAAAGACUGCGAGAUCUGUGAAAACAACAAGGUCUGCCAUCUUGGAUAUGGGGUUGUGUUUAAAAAAGAAGAUGGAGCGGAGCUCAUUUUGCCGGUGUGCGAGGAAUGUCAACCUGGAUAUUUUUCGAACACAUCGUCUGCGACGGAUCCCUGCAGGAAAUGGACCAAUUGCGGGUUGCUUCAAGUGCAAAACAAUGGGACGCCCAGCAGGGAUGUGAUAUGCAGUCCUCAAGAACAUGACUCCAAGGGAUUGAUUCCUUGGGUUGUGGUGCUCAGCACUACGCUCCUUCUUGUCAUGCUGGCUUUGACCUUCUACUUUGGCUGUAAACAAGAUAACCGUACCAGAAUGAGAAAUGCCUUCACUUCAAUGCUGAAAUGCAAGCAUAAAAUUCAGAUGCCGGUACAGGAGCAGGAAACGACAGAGAACGGAAGGAUUUUAGCCACAGCUGAGGAAGAAGACAAGAGCCCCGAGGUCGUGGUUCCGCUGAUCACUGUCUGAAAUGCUUCUCCUGGAAACUCUGAAACUCUCAGACUAAAAUGUGUUGAAAAGAGACAUUUAACAUGGAACGUGUCCUGAGUCAAUUGUGCAUCGUGGUGUAUCUGGAACUCUAAAUAUGACACUACCUCGAUCAGAGGAUGCAUGUAAAAUACCCUAUUAAUUCCUGCCCAGGGAUUCAAAGAUUAAGAAACCUUUCCAUCCCAGGAUGGAACCGUAUAGGACUUACUCGGCAGGUAUGGGAACGUAUUGUGGAAGAGCUGGUUUUUAAACUACAGCAUGUGUGUUCUAUUUGUGUUCAUAUAUCUUUAAUGAUUGUCGUCUUUCACAUCAAAUGUUAUUCAAACCAGAUUGUUUUUUUCUCUCUGUGUCAGGACAGGGAUUGGUGCAGUCACUCCUCUUUCACCCAUCAGUGGGCUCAGAUCACUGAACUCCUGGUAUUGUAACAUUAAAAUGCCAAUUCCCAAUCAGAUUGAGCCACCAGAUGGCUAUUGCGAUAAGUUGGAAAUGUGGCCCUGGUGCUCUUGUGAGAAUGAGCUUGAGGCACAUUGUUGGGGUAGAGUGAAGAGGGAGGUAGGCUCCUUUGAGUGCUUCCCAUGGGAAAUUACUCAAGCUCCUGACGUGCACUCCUCCUGACACGGAAACUCUUGAACUUGUCACCCACCACAUCCCGGUUCCCCACAACAAUGCUCGUCAGGAGACCUGGGACCAGCACCACACAGCCGCUUCUUCCAUCCUCAGCUACGUGAAGGAAGAUACAUCACUGGGCAGGCUGCUGGGAGAGAAUUCAAAAGCGGCUCCUUUCAUUCUGUGGGUCUGGUCUGUAUUCAACCAGUGAUUUGUUUAUCUAAUCAGAUAGAAAUGGGGGGGGGGGGGGUGUUGGGGAGGGUGGGGGUCAAAUCUUCAUGUGAUGUAAAUGUAGCAAAAUCAAAAAUCGUUCAGCUCUUGUUUUGCCUGGUAACUAUGAUAUAAAGGUGUACCAGAUAAAAAGCCAGUACAUAGAAUCAUAGAAUCUACAUCUUUGAUGUGAGCCCAUAGCAUUUAACACACUGUCCCUGCAGAGGAUAGGGUAAAAAAUUCUGUUCAACAUUAUACCUGGAGAGAUGUGUAGCUGUGACAAUGUGCGAAAGGGACAAUAAUAAUAAUCUUUGCAUUUGAUAUAGCACCUUAUCGUGUUGUCGAGCGAGUGUCUGUGGCGAUGUGUGACUGUCAUGUGCGACUGUGAAUGAAAUAAUCCCAUCAGUGACGAUGUUUGUAAUGCUGAAUGGAUUAUUUACCUAAUUGGUGACAUUUUACUUGCACGAAGUGUAGUGAUUUUGGCACCAAGGUCUCAUUUGUGAGAUAUGUAGCCAGUAUUAGCCAGGGAAUGCUGUGGGAGAGCCAGCGUUGCUCAUAUCUCAUCUCUGACUGACGUAAAGUCGGAAAAUGAGCAGAAUUCCUGUAGAUCAGCAGUGACACGACCAAGAUCCAUCCAUUACUAAUCCUAUUGGAAAACCUGAUCCCAACGCGAAGCUAUGAAGAGAAAAAUCCCACGGAGGCCCAGCUUUCAAUCCCUCUGCCUCAGGACGCUUUCCCCAAAUCCCUCCGUCCUGUCUGCAGAACUGUCCUUAAGAUAUAUCUCUGAUUGCCCCUUUGGUCAACACAGAAACAUAGGAAUUGCUAGACGAUACGAGACCUAGUCUGUCUUCUGUCAUCCUGGUUAUCGCAUGCUACAAUAAUCCUCCAACUCCCCCCCUCUUCUUACUCUACUUGGUGAAAGAUAUUGUAUCGUCGCGACGUUAUCCUGUGUGAGAAAUGCUCUCUAUAAAACCAAGUUGCUGUUUUCAAAGUCACGGUAUUUAGCAGCAAGUACAGCAUUCAAAUCACGCUGUAGCAAAUGAUUUUAAUUGUAACGCUCCACUGUCUCUUAAAUCUUUCUAAUUCCUUAUGCCGUCUCUGCUCCUCGCCUAGUACUUGAUAUGUCUGUCGGGGAAAGUGUGGGUGAAAUGUUUAUCCAUCCCUGGGGAGGAGGAAGAGGAACAAACCUAGCCCUGCCAGCCUGAGUGUAGGUGUCUCUCUCUGUGAGUGUGUGUGUCUCUAU